GAAAACACCAAAAAUAAGAAGCCUAUACAAGUAGAAGGCAAUAACUCAGGUUCACUAGAACAUAUCAACAAAAGCAACCCUAGCUGGAAUGAACAAAAAGAAGAACUUAAAGAAAAUAGAACAUACAUAACAAAAGAAAAAAUCUUAUCAGUAGAAAGAAAUAACAAUACAGAAACACUUUUAGAACAACACAACAAUACUUCUACAUAUAACAAAGAGGUUAUUGAAGUCAAUACACAUAAUGAAGAGGUCUUUAAAACUAGUACAUAUAAUGAAGAUAACAUCCAAACAACAAUAUAUAACAAAGAGGUCUCUGAGACUAGUACAGAUAACAAAAACAACAUGAAAACAACAACUCAAAAUGAACCAAGGAAUGAACAAGAGGAUUUCACUUUGGAAAGAAAUACAACUUUUAGCUCUACUAAUAUCAGGCCAGAACAAGAACCCCAUGCAGGUAGUUCUGCUAACAAAGAAGAAAACCCAUACUUGCAAGAUGAUGCAUCUAUCAUAGAUGGUGUGGGCUUACAAAAAAAUGAUAUAACACAAGAUGAACAAAAGAGGCCUUUGUCAUCUUCAAUGGAAAUAGACAAUGAUAAAAGAAACUUUACACCAAGCAGAAAACAAAAAUACAGAAGAAACAUUACCUAUAAUAGAAGUUGA